UUUUUUUUUUUUUCUUUCUUUCAUUUUCUUGAUCCAGGGUGUGAUAGAGGUAAAAAGAGAAAGAAACCCAUUAACCCAAUACUGAUUGUCUAUCGAUUCUUGAAUUAAAUUCUAAAUCUUUGUUUCCUUUGACGGUAUUGGACCAGAUUAAACGGGAAAGAGAAAAAAUCAAGAAGCCUUAUAUUUAUUGCUUGCUGUUUGCCAAAUCUCCAAUGCGGCAUUUGAGAAUACCACAAAGAAGUAAAAGAGAAAGAAAUAGCAGAACAAGUAACAGAACCCAGAAAAGAUUCAGCAGUUUUGAUCUAAUAGAGGAAUAGAAAGAUUAGAUAAGGAGACGAGUGGAUCUGAUGGUGGGUGGUGCAUUAUUGUUAUUGAAAGGAGUCAAGAAACUGUUAUUUCAUUAUUGUGGAGGUGGUGCUGCUAGGUUUGUGGUGGUGGGGCUGCAUAGAAGAGGAAUAUGCAGCUUCACAUCUCGCCUAGCAUGAGAAGCAUCACGAUAUCGAGCAACAGCAGCAAUGGGUUUAUUGACUUGAUGAAGAUCAAGGUCGCAGCUCGCCAUAUAUCUUAUCGAACCCUUUUCCAUACCAUUCUAAUUCUUGCUUUCUUGUUGCCCUUUGUCUUCAUUCUCACUGCUCUUGUUACCCUGGAAGGCGUCAACAAGUGCUCUUCAUUUGAUUGUUUAGGCAGGCGACUGGGACCAAGGUUUCUGGGUAGAGCGGAUGCUUCAGGGCAGAGGCUGGUUAAAGACUUUUACAAGAUUCUCAAUCAAGUAAACAAUGAAGAAAUCCCAGAGGGACUAAAGCUCCCAGAUUCCUUUAACCAACUUGUAUCUGAAAUGAAGAGCAGCCAGUAUGAUGCAAAAACAUUUGCUUUCAUGCUAAGGGCUAUGAUGGAGAAAUUUGAAAGGGAAAUUAGAGAAUCUAAAUUUGCAGAGUUGAUGAACAAACACUUUGCUGCAAGUUCCAUUCCAAAAGGCAUCCACUGUCUCUCUCUACGUUUAACUGAUGAAUAUUCUUCUAAUGCUCAUGCACGCAAACAAUUGCCAUCUCCAGAGUUGCUUCCUUUGCUAUCUGACAAUUCUUACCAUCACUUCGUUCUGUCAACGGAUAACAUUUUAGCUGCUUCAGUUGUUGUCACUUCUACUGUCCAGUCAUCUUUAAAACCUGAAAAGAUAGUGUUUCAUGUGAUAACUGACAAGAAAACUUAUGCGGCUAUGCACUCAUGGUUUGCACUAAAUCCAGUCUCCCCUGCUAUUGUUGAAGUGAAGGGUGUUCACCAGUUUGACUGGUUAACAAGGGAGAACGUCCCAGUCCUUGAAGCUGUAGAGAACCAUAAUGGUAUCAGAAAUUACUACCAUGGUAAUCACAUUUCUGGGGCCAAUCUCAGUACUACAACUCCUCGAAUGUUUGCUUCAAAGCUGCAGGCUAGAAGUCCAAAGUACAUAUCCUUGCUCAACCAUCUCCGCAUAUAUUUACCUGAGCUCUUUCCAAACCUUGACAAGGUAGUCUUCUUAGAUGAUGAUGUUGUCAUUCAACGUGAUUUGUCUCCACUUUGGGAAAUUGACCUUGAAGGAAAGGUUAAUGGAGCUGUUGAAACUUGUAGAGGAGAUGAUGAUUGGGUAAUGUCCAAACAUUUCAAGAACUACUUCAAUUUCUCUCAUCCACUCAUUGCAAAAAGUUUGGACCCUGAUGAAUGUGCAUGGGCGUAUGGAAUGAACAUAUUUGAUCUUCGUGCAUGGAGGCUAACAAAUAUAAGAGAAACCUACCAUUCCUGGCUGAAAGAGAACUUGAAGUCAAACCUGACAAUGUGGAAACUUGGUACUCUACCACCUGCUUUAAUUGCAUUUAAAGGUCAUGUUCAUCCAAUUGACCCAUCUUGGCAUAUGCUUGGCUUGGGCUAUCAGAAUAAGACCAACAUCGAGGAUGUGAAAAAGGCUGCUGUUAUUCACUAUAAUGGCCAGUCUAAACCAUGGCUGCAGAUUGGCUUCGAGCAUCUCCGACCAUUUUGGACAAAGUAUGUUGAUUACUCCAAUGAUUUUAUAAGUAACUGCCACAUCCUGGAGUCAUAGUUGACCAAACCAUAGGUUAAUAGCUGCUAGAAACUAGAUGUGGAACAGGAAAAGACAAAUGAUUUUCUGUCACACCGGUUAUUUGAUGGCUCGGAAUUUUGUUGAGAUCUAUUUGACAAGGAAAUCAGAACUUUGCCAGAACGAAGUGUUUCAGGUCUGAAUUCAUUUUCAUCCCUCAGAGCUAUCACGUGAAGAGGCCUGCAUCACUUGCACGGGCAUGGGAUUCAUUCUUUCAAUCUGUAACAUAGCAAUCCAUCAUUUAAUUUUUUGGUUGGAAAAAAAGAUACUAUUUUUGGUUUUCCUGCAGGAACUCUAGCCUGAUUUCUUGGCACAUAUAUAUUUUCAAAUAAAGAAACACACAGAAGCAGAUAUAUCGAGACAUCAUGCUGAUUGGUGCAAGGAAGGAGGCAAGCACUGACAUUUCAUGCGGGCUGCUCCAUUAGCCCAAAAAUGUUUUAUCCCUUCAAUUUUUUCUUUUGUUCUCAUGUUGUUUCAUUUUUGUUAGUAUGUCCAUUUUUUGCUGGUUACUGCAAUAUCAUCAUGCUCAAAUUUAGGAGUAGGUAAUGAAGAUUGCUUUGUUACAGGUCCCAUUGAAUUGGGGAACUGUUUUUAGGUCAUAUAUCGAUAUAAUUGUUAUGUACGAUUCAUGAGAAACAUUAAAAUGUGCAGAUAAUUCUUUUUCCAAACUUCUAUUAA